AUGAAGAUAGUGAUCGCGAGCGUAGCGAUCUUCGCGAUCGCGUUCGUCGCGGCCGAAGACGCAAGAAGCGCGGAAAUCGACUUGACGAAGACUAUGGACGAUCUGAACCGAAAGGACACCAUACAAAUUUACGGCGACAUGAUCACUUUAGAGAAAAUGCACGUGGAACAGGAGUACGACGUUGGGCGUUCUAGCGAGGAUCCUUUAGUGAACAAGAUCGAGCAGUUUCUGAGGAGCAGAAGAAUUCACGUGCACCUGCCCAGCGAUGGAUCCUCCGUGGACAUGUUGGGAAGAGCUUUGGGUCGCAAGGAUGUCGACGUCGAGCUUAGGGCUUUGACCACUGGAGCUUCCGAAGCCCGAACGAAGUUGAAGAAAAUGGUGCUGCCGCUUUUACUAGCACUGAAAUUGAAGGCACUGAUCGUCCUACCAAUCGUUAUCACUCUGAUCGGCCUGAUAGGAAUUAAAGGACUCGGCGCAGGUCUCCUGUCUCUACUUUUAUCCGGGGCGGUCGCCCUCAAGGCAUUGCUGACACCACCACCCCCUUACCCAGCGAGGGUCACCUACGGAAUCGUGAAGCCGGAAGUACACCACGACCACUGGCACAGGUCGCAGGAAGAAGCGAAUCAACCCUACAGAGGUUGGGCCCCUGAAUUUGGCCCGGAACAAUACCCCUAUCAAGAGAUUCCUUAA